AUGGCUUCCUCCAAGCUCAUGUCUUCUUCCAAUUCAAUCAACUCCGACUCACCUUCAUCUCCAUCUUCCAAACCUCAUUUCACCACCUCCAAUUUCCUCUCCGUCUCCGACACUUCCAACUUCUUCGCCGAUCAAGCCUCACUCGCUGAUGCCGUAGCAACUCCGAGAACGGUUGACGAUGUUUGGAGAGAGAUUGUCGCCGGAGAUCACAGGGAGUGUAAGGAGGAGAUUCCCGAUGAGAUGAUGACGCUGGAGGAUUUUCUCGUGAAAGCCGGUGCGGUUGACGAUGAAGACGUGGAUGAUGAUGUUAAGAUGAGUAUACCUAUGACGGAGAAUCUCAGUGGGAGUGGUGUGUUUUCGUUGGAUUCGAGUUUUCAAGGAAUUGAGAGCGUGGAAGGGUCUGUGGUAGGGUUUGGGAAUGGAGUAGAGGUGGUUGAAGGUGGGAAGGGUAAGAGAGGACGCCCGGUUAUGGAGCAGUUGGAUAAGGCUGCUCAGCAGAGACAAAGAAGAAUGAUAAAAAAUAGAGAAUCUGCUGCCAGGUCUAGGGAACGCAAGCAGGCUUACCAAGUGGAACUGGAGUCUUUGGCUGUGAAACUAGAGGAGGAAAAUGACAGGUUGAUCAAGGAAAAGGCUGAAAGGAAAAAAGAAAGGUUCAAACAGCUUAUGGAAAAAGUGAUUCCCGUUGCAGAGCAGCGAAGGCCACCAAGGUUACUCCGUAGGGUUCGUUCCUUGCAAUGGUAG